ACAAAGCGUAAAAGGAAAAGUUCCAUUGAAAUUGGCGCAAUACAAAUGUCUUGAGCGCGUUAUCUUACGAAAUUUCGACAACGCGUUUGAAAUUGAUAAAGAACGAAUCACAAAUGAAAACAUUCAAAUUCAGUUCUCCUCGAUCCAAUCCCUAGAUCUCAUUUCUUUAAUUUCUCUGCUAAGAUUUUUUGAGCUCUAUAUAGGUAGUGAAUAGCCAGAUGGCUAGGGUUUAUAGUAAUUGGGAGAGACUUGUACGGGCUACGCUGCGUCAGGAGCAGCUACGGGCUAGCGGGCCGGGCCAUGAACGGAGUCCCAGUGGCAUUGCGGGGUCUGUCCCGGAUUCACUCCAGCGGACCACUAAUAUCAAUGCAAUUCUACAGGCUGCUGAUGAGAUUCAAUCCGAGGACCCAAAUAUUGCCAGAAUAUUGUGUGAGCAGGCUUAUACCAUGGCACAAAAUUUGGAUCCCAAAAGCGAUGGUAGAGGUGUUCUCCAGUUUAAGACUGGGUUAAUGUCUGUAAUUAAGCAAAAACUUGCCAAAAAAGAUGGAGCCCCAAUAGAUCGCAAUCGAGAUGUUGAACGCUUGUGGGAAUUUUAUCAGCAGUAUAAAACACGUCACAGAGUGGAUGAAAUCCAGAGAGAGGAGCAAAGAUGGCGUGAAUCAGGAACUUUUAGUGCUAAUAUUGGAGAAUUUUCGGAAGUGCAAAGGGUGUUUGCAAUCCUGAGGGCUCUGGUUGAGGUGAUGGAGGCACUCAGUAAAGAUGCAGCUCCUGAUGGAGUGGGCAGGCUUAUUAUGGAUGAGUUAAGAAGGAUCAAACAGUCGGAUGCAGCUUUAUCAGGAGAUAUCCCAUAUAAUAUUGUCCCUCUCGAAGCACCAUCUUAUACCAAUGCGAUUGGGUAUUUUCCAGAAGUCAAGGGUGCAAUAUCAGCAAUCAGAUACAAUGAACAGUUUCCUCGGCUUCCAGAGGAUUUUGAAAUUUCUGAUCAACGGGAUUUGGAUAUGUUUGACCUUUUAGAAUACGUGUUUGGUUUUCAGAAAGACAACAUAAGGAACCAGCGUGAGAAUGUUGUUCUCAUGUUAGGCAAUGCACAAUCACAACUUGGCAUACCAGUUGACACCGAUCCAAAAUUAGAUGAGAAGGCUAUAAAACAGGUCUUCUUGAAGGUCCUAGAUAAUUACAUCAAAUGGUGUAGAUACCUUAGGAUACGCCCUGUAUGGAAUAGUUUGGAAGCUAUUAACAGGGAAAGAAGGCUUUUUCUAAUUUCUCUGUACUUCUGUAUAUGGGGUGAAGCUGCCAAUGUCCGUUUUCUUCCUGAAUGUCUAUGCUAUAUCUUCCACCGUAUGGCAAGGGAUUUAGAUGCAAUUUUGGAUCGUGGGGAGGCUAGUCACGCUGCAAGUUGUACAACUGAAAAUGGUCCUACCUCCUUUCUAAAACAAAUCAUAUGUCCCAUAUAUGAGACAAUGGCAGCAGAAGCUGCCAGGAACAAUAAUGGGAAAGCUGCCCACUCAGAGUGGAGGAAUUAUGACGACUUUAACGAAUAUUUCUGGACACCUGGUUGCUUUGAUUUGGGUUGGCCUAUGAAAAAGGAUUCAUCAUUUCUGCGGAAGCCUCCUAGAAAAGGAAGAAGGACUGGUAAGAGUUCAUUUGUUGAGCAUCGGACUUUUCUUCACUUAUAUCGAAGCUUUCACCGUAUGUGGAUCUUUUUGAUUGUAAUGUUUCAGGCUCUUGCUAUCAUUGCUUUCAACCAUGGAGAACUUAAUCUCAAUACUUUCAAAACACUGCUUAGCAUUGGCCCGACGUUUGCUGUCAUGAAUUUUGUGGAGAGUUGUUUGGAUGUUGUCCUACUGUUUGGGGCUUACACUACUAUGAGAUGCAUGGCCAUAUCAAGGCUUGUUAUUAGGUUCUUUUGGUGUGGAUUGAGUUCCAUUUUCGUGCUCUAUGUCUAUAUGAAAGUUUUGGAGGAAAGGAAUAAGAACACCUCAGAUUCAUUCUAUUUUCGAAUUUAUGUCCUUGUGUUGGGUGUAUAUGCUGGUUUACGCUUAGUUUUCGCCUUUCUUCUUAAAUUCCCGGCAUGUCAUCGACUCUCUGAAAUGUCUGAUCAAUCAUUUCUCCAAUUUUUCAAGUGGAUUUAUCAGGAACGAUAUUUUGUCGGCAGAGGUCUUGUCGAAAAGACUACCGACUAUAUGAGCUAUGUGUUCUUCUGGUUGGUGAUCCUCGUUUGCAAAUUCACAUUUGCCUACUUUCUUCAGAUUAAACCAUUAGUUGAGCCGACCAACAUAAUUGUUGAACUUCCAUCAUUGACGUACUCAUGGCAUGAUCUCAUAUCAAAGAACAAUAACAAUGUGUUGACUAUAGUUAGUCUGUGGGCGCCUGUUGUGGCUAUUUAUAUUAUGGACAUUCACAUAUGGUAUACACUCUUAUCUGCAAUUUAUGGCGCUGUGAUGGGUGCUAGGGCUCGCCUAGGGGAGAUUCGUUCAAUUGAAAUGGUCCAUAAACGUUUUGAGAGCUUUCCGGAAGCCUUUGUCAAGAACCUUGUUUCACCGCAGAUUAGAAGGCUGCGUUUUGAUAGACAAUCAUCACAGACUUCUCAUGACAAUAACAAGACCUAUGCAGCCUUCUUUUCCCCCUUUUGGAAUGAGAUCAUCAAAUGUUUGCGUGAAGAAGAUUAUAUUAGUAACAGGGAGAUGGACUUGCUUUCUAUGCCGAGCAAUGCUGGAAGUCUGACAUUAGUCCAGUGGCCACUUUUUCUUCUUUGCAGUAAGAUCUUGUUGGCCGUAGAUUUAGCUUUGGAUUGUAAAGACACGCAAGAGGAUCUUUGGAGCAGAAUUAGCAAGGAUGAGUACAUGGCAUAUGCCGUUCGGGAGUGUUACUACAGCAUAGAAAAAAUUUUGCACUCUUUAGUUGAUGGAGAAGGGAGACUUUGGGUUGAAAGAAUAUUUCGUGAGAUCAACAGCAGCAUAUCAGAGCGGUCACUUGUCAUUACUCUGUCUCUUAAAAAGCUUCCAGUAGUGCUGUCAAGAUUUACAGCUUUGACUGGGCUACUGACGCAAAAAGAAACUCCUGGACUUGCAAAAGGUGCUGCUAAUGCUGUGUUUGAUUUAUAUGAUGUUGUCACACAUGAGCUGCUGUCACCUGAUUUGAGGGAGCAGCUUGAUACAUGGAAUAUAUUGGCGAGAGCAAGAAAUGAGGGGCGCCUCUUUUCUAGGAUAGAGUGGCCGAAGGAUCCUGAAAUUAAGGAGCAAGUGAAGAGGUUGCAUCUACUUCUUACUGUAAAGGAUUCUGCAGCUAAUAUACCAAAGAAUCUAGAAGCAAGAAGAAGGUUGGAGUUUUUCACAAACUCAUUGUUUAUGGACAUGCCACCAGCAAAGCCAGUCUGCGAAAUGAUACCAUUCUGUGUCUUCACUCCAUACUAUAGCGAGACAGUGCUUUACAGUAACUCUGAGUUGCGGGUUGAAAAUGAGGAUGGAAUAUCAACUCUUUUCUAUCUCCAAAAAAUAUUUCCGGAUGAAUGGGAGAAUUUUUUGGAACGAAUUGACCAAAAGGAUAGUGGGGAGGAUGAACUUCAAGAAAGUUCUACUGGUGCUUUGGAGCUGCGAUUUUGGGUAUCUUACAGAGGACAAACUUUAGCUAGGACAGUUCGUGGCAUGAUGUAUUAUAGAAGGGCUCUAAUGCUGCAGAGUUACUUGGAAAGGAGAUUGCUAGGAGAGAGUGUCUAUCCUGAGACAAGUUUUCCCACAACUCAAGGUUUCGAGCUGUCACAUGAAGCACGUGCUCAAGCAGAUAUAAAGUUCACUUAUGUAGUUUCCUGCCAAAUUUAUGGGCAACAAAAGCAGCGGAAAGCUCCUGAGGCGGCUGAUAUUGCGCUGCUGCUACAAAGGAACGAGGCACUUCGGGUUGCUUUUAUACAUGUGGAAGAGAGUGGUGCAGCUGAUGGAAAGGUGACUAAGGAGUUUUACUCGAAGCUUGUCAAAGCGGAUGCACAUGGGAAGGACCAGGAAAUAUAUUCGAUAAAACUUCCUGGAGACCCUAAACUUGGAGAAGGGAAACCUGAGAACCAAAACCAUGCAAUAGUUUUCACUCGUGGAGAAGCUGUUCAAACAAUUGAUAUGAACCAGGAUAACUACCUUGAGGAGGCAAUGAAAAUGAGAAAUCUCCUUGAAGAAUUUCGAGGAAAACAUGGUCUCAGGCCUCCCACUAUUCUUGGAGUAAGGGAGCAUGUAUUUACAGGAAGUGUUUCCUCCUUGGCUUGGUUCAUGUCUAACCAAGAGACUAGUUUUGUGACCUUGGGUCAACGGGUUUUGGCAAAGCCUCUCAAAGUCCGUAUGCAUUAUGGACAUCCGGAUGUCUUUGACCGAAUUUUCCACAUCACUCGAGGUGGAAUCAGUAAAGCAUCACGUGUUAUCAAUAUUAGUGAAGACAUUUAUGCAGGGUUCAAUUCUACGCUGAGGCAGGGUAAUAUCACUCACCACGAAUAUAUUCAGGUUGGAAAGGGAAGAGAUGUUGGGUUGAACCAAAUUGCAUUGUUUGAAGGCAAAGUGGCUGGAGGAAAUGGAGAGCAAGUUUUGAGCAGGGAUGUGUACAGGAUUGGACAACUUUUUGAUUUCUUCAGAAUGCUAUCUUUCUUUUUUACGACUGUUGGUUACUAUGUUUGUACAAUGAUGACGGUUCUUACGGUAUAUAUUUUCUUGUAUGGACGAGCAUAUCUGGCAUUUUCUGGACUUGAUCAAGGAAUUUCUCGGGAAGCUAGACUGUUGGGUAACACUGCAUUAGACGCAGUUCUUAAUGCGCAAUUUUUGGUCCAGAUUGGAGUUUUCACUGCAGUUCCCAUGGUUAUGGGCUUCAUACUUGAACAGGGCUUGCUGAAGGCUGUUUUCAGUUUCAUCACGAUGCAAUUCCAGCUUUGCUCUGUAUUCUUUACAUUCUCAUUAGGGACUAGAACUCAUUAUUUUGGGCGUACUAUCCUUCAUGGAGGUGCAAAGUAUCGAGCAACUGGAAGAGGUUUUGUUGUCCGUCACAUCAAGUUUGCUGAUAAUUAUAGGCUCUAUUCGAGGAGCCAUUUUGUCAAGGCAAUGGAAGUUGCAUUGCUUCUUAUCGUUUACAUUGCAUAUGGGUACACAAGAGGAGGUGCUGUCUCCUUUGUUCUGUUAACUCUGAGUAGUUGGUUUAUGGUCAUCUCUUGGCUCUUUGCACCUUAUAUCUUCAAUCCCUCUGGAUUCGAAUGGCAAAAGACGGUGGAGGAUUUUGAUGAUUGGACCAAUUGGCUAAUGUACAAAGGUGGAGUUGGUAUUAAAGGGGAGAACAGUUGGGAGUCUUGGUGGGAUGAAGAACAGAUGCAUAUCCAAACGCUGAGAGGGCGGAUACUUGAAACGAUUUUGAGCUUGAGAUUUUUGAUAUUUCAGUAUGGCAUUGUAUACAAACUCCAUCUUACUGGAAAGAACACAUCACUUGCGAUCUAUGGCUUCUCCUGGGUUGCUCUGGCGGGAAUAGUCAUGAUCUUUAAGAUCUUUACCUUUAGCCCCAAGAAGUCCACUAAUUUUCAGUUGAUGCUCCGGUUUAUGCAAGGCGUUACUGGCUUGGGGCUUAUUGUAGCCCUUUGCCUUGUCGUCAUUUUCACUGACUUAUCUGUUCCAGACUUGUUUGCGGGCAUUCUUGCGUUUAUUCCCACUGGAUGGUGCAUUAUCUGUUUGGCUAUCACGUGGAAGAAGUUGGUGAGGAGCUUAGGGAUUUGGGAUUCCGUAAAGGAGUUUGCUCGAAUGUAUGAUGCUGGAAUGGGUAUAAUUAUAUUUGCCCCUAUAGCAAUAUUGUCUUGGUUUCCAUUCGUCUCCACCUUUCAAUCGCGCCUACUCUUUAAUCAAGCAUUCAGUCGGGGUUUGGAGAUUUCUCUUAUCCUUGCUGGUAACAAAGCUAAUGUUCAGGCCUCCUCGUUUUAGUUCUGGAGAAGCCAGCUGGUUCGUAGUGUUUGUUAAGUUGAGACGUGAAUUCUUCACCUUUGUAUUAUAGUACUCUGUAAUUUAUGUUUUCCAUAUUCUGUAGUUGAGGAAAAUGUGGCAAAUUGAAUGAAUAUUUUGAACAUUACUGUAUAUUAAUCCUGGGUAACAGACGAGUGGUUGUGUAUGGAAAGAGGCAUUCAUUGUAUC